UAGAAAUGCGCAAUAUUUAGCUACGUAAAAUCCAGCUCUACGGCAGUGGUGGUGGAGGAACAAGUGCUAGAAAGAUUCUGCUCCUGAGAAAGCUUGAAAGAAGGAGAUGGGGUUUUUCACACUUUUAGAGGUGGCUUCUAUGCCUGUAAUUCAGAUGCUCUUAGUCGGUACAUUGGGAGCUUUCAUGGCAACAGAUUACCUUAAACUUCUUUCUACUGAUACUAGGAAGUCAUUGAACAAGAUUGUUUUCGUUGUUUUUACUCCAGCACUUAUGUUUGCGAGUUUGUCCAAGACUGUCACAUGGGAAGACCUCAUGGCAUGGUGGUUUAUGCUGGUGAAUAUUGGUUUGACCUUCUUAUUUGGAGGAUUACUUGGAUGGAUUGCAGUAAAAAUACUAAAGCCAGAGCCACAUUUAGAAGGGUUGAUUAUCGCAUGUUGCGCAUCAGGAAAUUUGGGGAAUCUUUUGUUGAUAAUAGUACCAGCAGUUUGUAAAGAAGAUGGUAGCCCUUUUGGUAGUGAUCAUCAAGCAUGUGGUUCCAUUGGUCUUUCAUAUGCAUCACUCUCCAUGGCACUUGGAGGUUUCUACAUUUGGACUUAUGCAUAUCAAUUGAUAAAAAGUUCAGCAGUUAAGUAUAAAGCUGGUCUUCAAACAAAUCAUGAUGAAGAUAUAACAGCAAAGACACCAAACAAGGACUUAGAAUCUGAUAGCAAGACUCUUCUUUUGGAUGGAGGAGAAUCUGAUUCUCUAAUUUUAUCUUAUCCUUUGGAGCAAGUGGAUUCAAACAAACCAUCAAUGUUGAAAAAUGUAGUUGAAAUGCUCCAUCAAAUAUUGGAGGAGCUUAUGUCACCACCAACCAUAGCUGCAAUAAUUGGCUUCACUUUUGGAGCCAUCCCAUGGCUAAAAGAACUUCUAAUUGGGGACAAGGCUCCUUUACGAGUGAUCCAAGAUUCGGUGAAGCUCUUAGGAGAUGGUACGAUUCCUUGCAUCACCCUCAUACUCGGGGGCAACCUAGUUCAAGGGUUACGGAGCUCUAGUCUGAGACCAUCGACAACAAUUGCGGUUAUAUUCAUAAAGUACGUGUGUCUUCCUAUAAUUGGGAUGGGUGUAGUGAAAACAGCUGGAGGGCUUGGCUUACUUUCAGACGAUCCUUUAUAUCACUACAUUCUCAUGAUUCAGUUUGCUCUUCCUCCUGCAAUGAAUAUAAGUACGAUGACACAGCUGUUCGAUGUUGCACAAGAGGAAUGUUCAGUGCUCUUCCUGUGGACUUAUCUCGUAGCUUGCGUUUCCCUCACUGUUUGGUCUACUGUUUUCAUGUGGAUAUUGUCCUGAACUAGGGCUACUGUCUUUUAUCAAUAGUGUGCUUUAUAAUAAUUAUAUAUGGAAUCCAAAAACAUGUGUAGGAAAAAGAUAUAUGUUUUAAUCCAAAAACAAAGGAACAUGUGAUUUCCA